UGGCUGAGCUACGGGCUUCCGACUCCGUGGGUCGGUUCGAGCAUCAGCGCUGCCUGCAGAGAGCCUGUGCAGUGUCUUCACAAAGGGAUGAAUUUAGAUGGGGACUGCAGCAUGUCAGUCAAUUGUGGCAAUGGCAAACUUAGACAAUGGCUCAUCGAGCAGAUUGAUAGCGGGGAAUACCCCGGCCUGGUGUGGGAGAAUGACGAGAAAACCAUUUUCAGGAUACCAUGGAAACACGCGGGAAAGCAGGACUACAAUCGCGACGAAGAUGCCGCUCUCUUUAAGGCAUGGGCGCUGUUCAAGGGGAAAUACCGGGAGGGCGUGGAUAAGCCGGACCCUCCCACAUGGAAGACCCGGCUCCGCUGUGCCCUCAACAAGAGCAAUGACUUUGACGAACUUGUGGAAAGAAGUCAGUUGGACAUAUCGGACCCGUACAAAGUCUACAGGAUCAUACCAGAAGGAGCAAAGAGAGGCUCCAAGUCCAGCGGCACUGAGGAUAGCUCGGCACAUGUGACGUCUCUCGGUUACUCCAUGCAUUCCCCUUACCCUCCUCUGCAGUCUCCGAUGCCCAGCUAUGUGCUGUCCCAGGAGAGCAGGGAUUGGAGGGAGUACGACCCAGAUCAGCCGCACCACCAGCCACCGCCCGCGGACCUGACGUACGGCCCGUGCCCCUACCCAGGUGCCCGCCCUCUGCAGUGGCAUGCACCCCCCUGCAACAACGGGUACCAGAUAUCUGGAUCCUUCUACACCUACACUCCUACAGAGUCCCACCCGGUGCCAAUGGAACCCAAUAUGAGAUCUGCAGAGGCCAUGGCCAUCUCUGACUGCCGCCUGCACAUCUCCCUCUACUAUCGAGAGUCCCUCGUGAAGGAAGUGACCACCACCUGCCCCGAGGGCUGCCGUAUCUCCUCCAGCCCCUCGCCGGGUUCCCCGUCCUCCCCGUCCUCUCCGUGCCCGGAUGAGAGGCUGUACAGCGGGCCCGAGUCCGUCCUCCUGCCCUUCCCUUACCCACAAUCUCAGCGGCGCGGCGCCGACAAGCUGCCCAACGUACUGGAGCGCGGGGUGCUGCUGUGGCUCAUGCCUGACGGCCUGUACGCCAAGCGUCUGUGCCAGGGCAGGGUGUACUGGGAGGGUCCGCUGGCACCCUACUCUGACAAGCCCAACAAGCUGGAGAAGGAGCAGACGUGUAAGCUCCUGGACACACAGCAGUUCCUGGCAGAGUUGCAAGGUUAUGUCCAUCAUGGCCGACCCCUGCCUAGAUACCAGGUGGUGCUCUGCUUUGGGGAUGAGUACCCAGACCCCCAGCGACAGAGCAAGAUGAUCACAGCACAGGUGGAGCCCAUGUUCGCCAGACAGCUCCUCUACUUCGCGGGCCAAACCAACAGCCACUACCUGCGUGGCUAUGAACUUCCUGCCCAGGGGAUGCUCCCCGUGGAGGAGUACCAGAGGAGCCUGCAACACAUGCAGGAGUGAGCGCCUACCCACACCCCACAGACAGACUCUGUGAUCACGCUCCUUGGCCAUCUGCCUACUCCAUCACUCCUGCCACCACCAUCAUCACCAGCAGAGUCUUCGUCAUCAUCAUCAUGUUCUCCAAACUCCCUCAGUCUCCAGACAGCCAAGGCCCUGCUGCCUCAGGGGCCCGGAGAACACUGGACUGGGAUGAGCCCAGGUGCGGAUCGCGCACUUCCCACCGAGUACCGGCCGAAAGGUUCUGAGCAAGAGGUGCUUCUCAACGUAAACUAGUGCAAAACAGGUGCCAAGGAUACCACACAGGUAGAAUAUCACAUUUUCCCAUUUGAACAUUUUUUUCAAAUGUCAACAUUUUAGGAACCUUGUUUACAAAGUCCUAAAUAUUGAUGAAGGACCACCAGACUGUGAGUCUUCGAGUGUGCAUACAGUCGGGAAAAGAUAUUUUCGAAUGUGUAGACUAUGUCCUAACAAACUUGUGUCUUAUUAAAUGUCUAUGAAAACAAAAACCUGUUCUUGCAUAUAUAAAAUUAUAUUUUUGUAUCAGAAUUUGGCAAUGGUUUUAUACUUUAGGGGUUUCAUAUUAGUUUUACAGUUUGUGUUUAACAUUCUAUAGUUUUCAGUUAUUAGUUGAAUUUUGCUUUUAUUUUCCAAAGACCAACUUUAUCUGCUACUGUCUGCCACAGAAAUCAAGCUCAACAUUUUUCACAAUGUAUAUUCUUUAAUGGGAUCAAUAGUAUAUUUAUAUUUUUAUAUUGUAUGUUAGUCUGUGUGUCGGUCUUUGUGUUCUGAAGGUGUCUAAUCUUGAAUGUAAUCAAAGUUAUUUUUCUUUGAAUGGAGUUGCUCAAUAAGUUGUAUAAUACUUAAUACUAAGAAGGUGUGAGUUCAGAGAGUUACUGUUGGCUACAGACGAGUCUGUAUCUUGCAAUCAAAGACAGCUAUCUUCUCUGCCUGCUGUCUGUGUGUGCAUGCGUGUGUGCGUGUAUGUGGUAUACUGAGUGCUGAUGGGAAAUUGUCACAUGCAGGUAACUGCCCACAAUAUUGUGGUAAUGGUGUAGAAAGGUUACAAUGAAGAGAGGGGGAGAGGAAAGGACCCCCCUUCUCUGUGUCUCCGUGCAGCAGGACAGAGUGUUAGAUUUUUGUAAAGGCGUCUUGUUUUUCUUCUCUAUCUUGUCAUUAUCAUAUUUACUGGAACAAUCUCACAAUAACGGAAAAUAAAUGUUUCUCCCGCA